AUGCUGUGUGGAGCACUUUAUGACAACCACGCAAAGGCGCGAGGUCACAGGUCCCGGUUGUGCGGAGUAGGCUCUGCAUCCUACGUCAUCGUGGGUUGGCUGUUAUUUCGUUGGUGCUCUCAUGCCUUGGAGAUCAUGGCGAUGGUGGCGGCACUGUGGCGGAGUGCGAGGGACUGUAUGAAGACCAAGGAGUUCCGGAACUACCUGGCCAGCACUCAAUUCUGGGGUCCCGUGGCCAACUAUGGCCUUCCGCUGGCUGCCUUAAAGGACAUGAACGCAUCACCUGAAAUCAUCAGUGGCCGUAUGACAGUCGCUCUUAUCUUCUACUUGAUGGCCUUCAUGCAUUUCACCUACCGUGUACAGCCUCGAAACCUGCUGCUGUUCGUGUGCCAUAGCACCAAUGUGGCGCAGAGUGUGCAGCUGAGCCGCCACCUGAAUUACUACUAUGGUGGAGGCGCGUCGGAGGCUGUUGGUACCACAGCUGCCAUCACCCCCGAUCCCACCAGCUGUCCUGUACCUGUUAGCGACCUUGACAAUGAUGACUCCUGCUAG